GUUGUACCAAUGUGGGAAGAGACGAACAGUGGAACUGGAGAUGUUCAUCAGGGUCUCAUGGUUGGGGCAAAAUCCGGCUGCUAAAAUUGGCCGGCCAUUUGCCAGGGGUUAGGUUUAUGCAACCGCCGAUGAGCUUGGUUUUCCCGUCUAUGAAAACAUACAGGUUGACAGAAACCGGACUCCAUCGAUGCCAAGAAUCAAGGGCAAGACAUUGGACGGCGCGUGGAUGUCCUGUUUCCAAAUUGUUCUGCACUUCUGGGAAACGGAAUGUUCAACAUCUUGGCGACCUGGGCGACCUGCCGCUGUGGCAAAAGCAAGAACUGCGGAGUUCGGCAGACCUCGCCGCAGUAUGGCGUUCUGGACACCGGAGAACACAAGAUAUCUUCUUCGGCAUGGCGAUCAUUUGUUCAUCGAGUUUUUGCAUUGACACCUUAAAGUGUCCUCGGGCAAAUCAUCCAUCUGGUGGGCGUCAGAACAGGAAGUUCAGGAACAGACAAGUUGGAAAGGUGCCAUUGGGCUCAAAAGCACUCUUUCCCAAACACGCUGUGGAGCACCCCACUUCAACUGACGUUUGCUCCUGACCACUGAUUGCUCGCCCCAUCUGUGCCCCUUCCAUUCUUUUGGACUCUGCUUCAGAGGUUUGAGACGCGUCCCUUGGCAGGGCC